AUGUACAUGAUGAGGAAAAAUGAGAUGAGAAUGAAUGAGACGGUGCAAAAUGGGACAAGGCGGAAACGAGAAGGAAUAAACAGGACGGGACAUAACGAGGCCAAAAUUAUACCCGACAAGGCAGAACGAGACGGGAAGAAAGGGAUGGGGCAAUACGAGACGGGAAAAAACAGAACGAGGAAACGGGACGAGACAAAACGGGACAUGACGGAAAGAAAGAACGGGAUGAGACUGGACAAAACGGGAUGGAACAGUCUCAGACAUGAUGGGAUUGCACGUGACGAUACGGACAUGGCGAAUGGGACGGGAAAGAACGGACAUGAUAAAAGGAACAAAAUGGGAGGAAUGAGAAAUGAUGUUUUAGGGUUUCCUAUCGAAGUGAUAUGGAAGCACACUCUGCCUCUUGGUCUUGGUUGGGAAAAGCUUCAUUACGAGAGAAGCUGCGAUAGUCGCUGCAAUAUUCCAGCGACAGUUUCCCUCUCUCCUGCGACUCUUUAUCUCUCCUGCGGCUCUUCCGUGAUCAUCGUUUUGGCUCUGCUGUUGUCGUUUUGCAAUGUUGCUCACCUUCGUCCUUGUCGUUUUGAUUUGUCGCAGUCGCAGCCGCAGCGACUCUUAAAAGAACAGGUACAUAAUCAAUGA